UUCCGUUAUGCCAUCUGUUGUUUAAGAAAGAUGCAGCAAAGAGAGUGUUCGUGUAUCCACGUAUACCGUUUAUCGUUAGUCUGGUUUGUGGCUGGGAAUAUGAAUAGAGAGCGUAGUAAAAGUAAUUAGGCUUGUUAAAUCAGAUAGAUUCGAAUAUUAAUAUUUCAAUUUAAUUAAUUAUCGUAGUCGAUAAAAACAAUAGUAUCGAUAGUUGGAAAGAAUUAAUCGGACAUCUUUUAUAUGUGUACGAGUUUUCCCUAUGAUCCGCUGCAGAACUCGGGUAGUAUCAUUUCUUUCUUGCAUAUUCUCCCCCUUGCCCGUCAACCCUUAACUACCUUCCCCCAUUUCGGUGUGUACGAGUAUGAAGAGUAUCUCGGUUUCUUGUCAAGUCCUUCGUCUUAGUAACUGUAAUAUGCACCAGUGAUAAUAAAAGUUUCGUUUACUAAACCACAUAUAAUAUAGAUAUAUCGCGUUUAAGUGUCGAGCGCGAUUAACCUUGUGAAGCCGAUCCUCGGCUGUUUUUCAAUGAGCGAAUGAAGAAUAUUCGGUACGUUUAAGAGUGGUAUGUCAGUGUGUAUACACAGUACGAUAUUACCGUAAGCGAAGAGAGAGAAGAGGGUAAUCAUUUUAUACAAAUCUUCUUUGAACAUUUCAUUCGACAUGAUGAAGAAUAGUGCUUUGCCAAAGAAGGAGGGUAAAAUGCGUAUACGUGCUUUUCCGACCACUAUGGAUGAAAAGUACGUAGAAACCAUUUGGACCUUACUAAAAAAUGCCAUCCAAGAGAUACAAAAGAAAAAUAACUCUGGUCUUAGUUUUGAAGAAUUAUAUCGAAAUGCAUAUACUAUGGUUUUGCAUAAAUAUGGUGAACGGCUUUACACAGGAUUAAAGGAAGUAGUAACUCAACAUCUCGAAAAUAAAGUACGAGACGAUGUUUUAUAUUCGCUUCAUAAUAACUUUUUACAAACAUUAAAUCAAGCAUGGAAUGAUCACACAACUUCAAUGGUAAUGAUCAGGGAUAUUUUAAUGUACAUGGAUAGAGUUUAUGUACAACAAAAUGAUGUGGAUAACGUAUAUAAUUUAGGACUUAUUAUAUUUCGAGAUCAGGUGGUUAGAUAUGGUUGCGUAAGAGAUCAUUUGAGAGAUACAUUAUUAGGUAUGGUUGCAAGAGAAAGACAUGGUGAAGUUGUUGAUAGAAUCGCUAUAAAAAAUGCAUGCCAUAUGCUAAUGUUACUUGGCAUUAAUAGUCGUCAAGUUUAUGAAGAAGAUUUUGAAAGGCCUUUUUUACAACAAAGUGCAGAAUUUUACCGAAUUGAAUCUCAAAAAUUUCUAGCAGAAAAUAGUGCAUCCGUUUAUAUAAAAAAAGUAGAAGCAAGAAUUUAUGAAGAAUCGGAAAGAGCAAAACACUAUUUAGAUGAGUCUACGGAACCACGGAUAGUUGAAGUUGUAGAAGAAGAAUUAAUCAAAAUCCAUAUGAAAACUAUUGUUGAGAUGGAGAACAGUGGUGUAGUACACAUGCUUAAAAAUCAGAAAACAGAAGAUCUUAGUUGUAUGUAUAAGUUAUUCUCAAGAGUAACAGAUGGUUUACGCACAGUUUUUGAUUGUGUAUCUCAGUUCCUUAAAGAACGAGGACGUGCUAUGGUUCAAGAGGAGCACGAAUCAACAACAAAUGCUGUACACUUUGUGCAGAAUUUAUUGGAUUUAAAAGACCGUUUUGAUCAUUUUCUUCAUUAUUCAUUCAAUAAUGAUAAACUUUUUAAACAAAUGAUAUCCUCAGAUUUUGAAUACUUCCUCAAUUUAAAUACUAAAAGUCCAGAAUAUUUAUCUCUAUUUAUAGAUGAUAAAUUGAAAAAGGGUUCUAAAGGGAUGACUGAACAAGAAAUUGAAGGUAUCCUGGACAAAACAAUGGUUUUGUUUAGAUUUCUUCAAGAGAAGGAUGUUUUUGAACGGUACUAUAAACAACAUCUAGCAAAACGGCUUCUUUUAAAUAAAUCAGUAUCAGAUGAUAGUGAAAAAAAUAUGAUAUCUAAACUUAAGACUGAAUGUGGAUGCCAAUUUACAUCUAAAUUAGAAGGCAUGUUUAAGGAUAUAACAGUUAGCAACACUAUUAUGGACGAAUUUAAGGAUCACGUUCUUACUUCUGGGACAAAUUUAUACGGUGUGGAUAUAAGUGUAAGAGUACUCACAACUGGUUUUUGGCCAACACAAUCUGCUACUCCUAAAUGUAAUCUACCAAUUGCACCACGAGGUGCAUUUGAUGCCUUUAGACGUUUUUAUCUUGCUAAGCAUACGGGACGUCAAUUGACAUUGCAACCACAAUUAGGAUCUGCAGAUUUAAAUGCUAUAUUUACUGGACAGAAAAAAGAAGAGAGUAGCUGUGGAAUAGGAUUGGAUACGCCAUCUUCUUCUGGUUCCAUUAUAAGUGGAAAUAAUAAUGGCAGUAAUAGUUUAUUAAGUCAAAGAAGCAGCGUAUGUGCAAGCGGUGUAAGAAAGCACAUAAUUCAAGUUUCAACUUACCAAAUGUGUGUGUUGAUGCUUUUCAACAAAAGAGAAUCAUUGACAUAUGAAGAAAUUCAAGGUGAAACCGAUAUUCCAGAGAGAGACUUGGUUAGAGCUCUACAAUCUCUUGCAAUGGGCAAAUCGUCACAGAGGGUAUUAAUCAAAAAUCCUCGAACCAAAGAAAUUGAACCUUCACAUACCUUCGGUGUAAAUAAUAGUUUCUCCAGCAAAUUGCACAGAGUUAAGAUCCAAACUGUGGCAGCAAAAGGAGAAUCAGAACCAGAAAGAAGAGAAAUGCGUAAUAAAGUCGACGAAGACCGGAAGCAUGAAAUUGAAGCAGCUAUUGUUCGUAUCAUGAAGGAUCGAAAGCGUAUGCCGCAUAAUAUACUCGUAACUGAAGUAACGCAACAACUGAAAGUACGUUUUUUGCCAUCCCCUGUUAUUAUUAAAAAGCGUAUCGAAGGUUUGAUUGAACGAGAGUACUUAGCUCGUACGACGGAAGAUAGGAAAGUAUAUACGUACGUUGCUUAAUGCUGAGUUCAAAUAUUGGAACUGUACAAAAGUCUUAUCGAUUGAGAAUGGUUUGAUUACUCAUCGACUUCGAUACAUUACAACGUGUUUAUUGUGUAGUACGCCAAAAUGUGGGAUCUUCAAAAACUGUGUAAGACAUGCAGAAUUGUGUUAAGAUGGAAAAUAUACGCGCAUGAGCUUGAAUUAAAAUGAGGAAUUUUUAAAAUGAGAAAAGACAAGAAAAAAAAA